AUGUUGAACUUGAAACAUUAUAUUCUUAUCCCAGAAAUUAGGUUAGAAAAAUUCGUGGAAAACACCUCCCCCGUCCCCUCGACUCCCGAGCCCCCCGGCCUCGACUGCACGAUCGUAAGCGCGGACGCCGAAAGCGGCCGAGACUCGCCCGUCGACGUGUCGUCCACGUCGGAAUCGGGCAUCGUCGGGCGCACUCGGCCAGAGUCGGCGCCUUCGGGCGGUCGGCGCUCGCCCAGCAGGAACCCGCUGCUGCAGGAGCGGUGCACCUGCGAGGAGCUCGCAAACGUCGUCUGCCACCUGGAGACCAAGGACCUGUGGGACAAUGCAAAAGGAACUCUCCAAGCUUUGAGCACAAUCGGUUUCCGCCUCUGUCCAGAUUACCACAGGAUCUUUGCACGUUCCCGAAUCGGCACCAAAGACACUUAG